AUGGCGCAGAACUCGUACGGCCCCGGGGUCCGGAUGGGCAACUGGAAUGAGGACAUCUACCUGGAAGAGGAGCUCAUGAAAGACUUCUUAGAGAAGAGGGAUAAGGGGCAGCUUCUUAUACAGAGAAACAGAAGACUGAAAGAGAACCUUCUGAGACCAAUGCAGCUUUCCGUGUCUGAGGAUGGAUAUGUUCACAACGGCGACAGCGUGAUGCUCGUAAACCCGGACCAUCCUGAGGCAGAAGCCGACCUGUUUCUCAGCGGGGACCUGAGCCUGUGUUUGACACUAGACGAGAUCAGAGCCCAUCUGAGUGACACAUUCAAGGGGCCCUGUGGCCUGAGCGCAGCACCCACCAAGAUCCCAGUUGGCAGAAACACUUUUAUCAUUUUGAGCGCAGACACAGUGGCCACCGGCGAGGUCCUCAGAUACGGGCAGAACUUCCGCCUCGGGACCACAGGGGGAUUCGAAGACAAAAUGUUGUAUUUAACAAGUGACCACAGGACCCUGCUGAAGUCAUCUAAGAGGUCCUGGCUCCAGGAGGUGUACCUGACCGAUGAAGUCUCCUACCGGAACUGCUGGCAGGCGGCCUUCUCCGACCCCCAGCUACGCCUGGAGCACGAAGGCUUCCCUGUCCCAGCAAAUACCAAAAUUCUCAUCAACCACUGCCACACGAACCGGGGGCUGGCGGCUCACCGGCAUCUCUUCCUCAGGACCUACUUCGGAAAGGAAGCCGAGGUCGCUGCUCACACGCACCUGGACUCACACCGGGUGGAAAAGCCCCGGAACCACUGGAUGCUGGUGACGGGGAGCCCCCGGAAGGGCUCGUGCCCCGUGCCGGACAUGCGCAGGCCGCCCGUGGAGGACACCCGUGCGCUGGAGCAGGCGGCCGGCCCGGGGCCCAGCGACACGCCAGGUGUGCUCUCGCCCAGUGUGGCUUCUUGA